GCUCUCGCGGCGAAAAAAGUGCAGCGAAAAGUUGGGGCUCCCGUGUCCAGAAACAAUCAAAAAUUAAGUCGCGAGUGCGAAUGUUUGCUGCUUUUCGCUAAGCGCGCAAUAAAAAAUAUAAUUCGAGGGGAAAAUGUUUGGUUGAUUUUCCCGUCGUUGUUAUUUGUUUGUCUGUGCGAGUUGCAAAAAGAAAUUCGAGAAAAAAAGGAAUAAAAGGAAACGCUGAUAAGCACGAACCGUGGAAAGAAAACAACAAAAGCAGCGAAUUGCAUUUUACAUUUGCAUCUCCUCGAACACCCACAUUGCACCAAUAACAAUUUAAAGAACAAGACUGAAUAACCACGCCCACACAACAAUACUUGUAAACUAGUGAAUCAAAAGCCACCGCUCAAGUAUCUCAGAAAUACCAGAACCAAAAGCACCAGAGAAUCCAUUUCGCCAAGAGACCAAGCCAAGCCAAGCCAAUCCAAGCCAAUCCAAGCCAAGAAGAUGUCGUCGCGUUCCAAGGAGAGAGUUGUCACUGCAUUCCGCAAAAUCUUCCACAAGUCCAGCAAUAACAACAACCAUAAUAAUAAUAACAUAAAUAAUAACAACAAUGACAAGGUUGAUGGCGCCACUGGCAGCAGUCCGAACAUAAACAACAAUAAUAACAACAACAAUCACGAUGGUGCGUCGCCCUCUUCAACGGGGGGCGGGGCAGUGGGCGGCGGAGCAUCGGGAUCGUCUGGUGCCUCCAAGAACGCCGUUGUUCGAAUGGCAGCCGAGCAGGCAGUUUGGGAUUCACCAGGCAAGCGGCGACGACAGGAUCACAAAGUGGCGCCGACGACGGGACGCCAACUGGUGGCGGCGCCGGACCAGACGAUCAGAUCCCGCCGUCUGAUGAAGGAGUACCGCGAAAUGGAGCGACUGCAGUGCAAGAACGAUGCUGUCUUCACGGUGGAACUCGUCAACGACAGUCUGUUCGAGUGGCACGUCCGGCUGCACGUGAUUGAUCCGGACUCCCCGCUGGCCAGGGAUAUGGUCGAGAUGGGUGUGCCGGCCAUCCUGCUGCACCUGAGUUUCCCCGACAACUUCCCCUUCGCCCCGCCGUUCAUGCGAGUGGUGGAGCCGCGCAUCGAGAAGGGUUACGUGAUGGAGGGCGGAGCGAUCUGCAUGGAGCUCCUGACGCCGCGCGGAUGGGCCAGUGCCUAUACGGUGGAGGCGGUCAUCAUGCAGUUUGCCGCCAGCGUGGUCAAAGGACAAGGCAGAAUAACACGCAAGCCAAAGAGUACAAAGGAGUUCACUCGACGCACAGCCGAAGAAUCGUUCAGAUCGCUGGUUAAGACGCACGAGAAGUACGGAUGGGUGACGCCAGCCCUGGCCGAUGGUUAAGUACCGACUUGGGAACACCAGGAAGGAAACUCAGCUCAGAUGCUCUGCGUUUGCCAACACAACCAAUGCAAUUCAAUAUUCAGCCACACAGCUAAAGUCUCGCUCAUAGUAAUCAAUCCAUCAAGACAUCUAUACUAUACAUCUCUCUUCUCUCGGCGCGAUUCAUCCACUUAGUCAAGUAACGAACGAUUUCAAUUGCAAACCAUCCAAAAGAACAACAGUGGGAACUAUUGGAAAUAAAAAUACAAAGGGAAAUGAUACAAAGGAAGAACGCGCAUCAAGCAACAAAUUAGCUUAAAAUGUAACUCUAGUUCGUAGUCAUCAGUAAAAUGGAAUUUUCGCCGAUUACUAAAUGGAUCAUUAAGUAUUAUUAGUUGAGCAGAAACGAAAUGUUAAGAUCGAUGAAGAGCCAAUUUCCAAAAUAUUUUCAAAUCGCCUAGCGCUAAAAAUUUAGUUAUGUAUUAUUUACAGAAUCAAUUAGUCUGAUAUCUUUGUUCGACUGUGUUAUUAUGAUUUGUUGUGAUUUUUGUUAGUUAAACAAUGAAGAAACCAAAUUACAACAGCAGCUUGUAAGCACGAGUGUGUACCACAUAACUCGCCCUUUCUUUUUAAGUUACGCAAAGUAAAUAAAUAUAACAUGUGUCUAUAA